UUACAAUUUACACCCAUAAAAUUUCCUUUUACAAAUCCAAAACACACAAAACUUACUUAUUUACACAAAUCAGUCGGUGCCCGACCAUCUCCCUCUUUCUCCAUGUCUUCCUCUUCUUCUUCUGCUGUCUCAAAACCCCAUUUAAUGAAGUCCAUCACUCAUCCCAUCAUCCUCUUCUUCACUAAUUAGACUUUCAUUUCAUUUUUUGAACCCUAAAUUACCAAAUAAUUUCUGUUUCUUCUACUUCAUUCUUCAUUUCUCCUUAUGCAAUAGAAAAAAAAAUCAUCAAAAUGGGUCAGGAUUCGCCGUUCACGGCUCUGAAACGAGGGAGCGGAGCUACAGGAAGUUUACCAACAACGACAAAUUCGGCAAGCUUAAGAACAGCAGCUAGAGUACCUUCUCGCGGUCGUCAGAUCUCGAAAACUUUCAAUAACAUUAAGAUUACGAUUCUGUGUGGUUUUGUUACUAUUCUUGUUCUCCGUGGGACGAUUGGCGUUGGUAAUCUCGGCGGCGGUGGUGGUGAAUCGGAAGAGCAGAGGAAAAUUAUGGAGAAGACGAAGAUAUUUAUUGAUCAGCUCAGAUCUGACGAUGAUCCUUCUGAUGUGUUGUUGAAUAAUGAAUCUGGCGGCGGUGGUGGCGGUGGUGGUGGUGUUGGUGGUGAUGAUGGUGUUAAUCCGAAUGUGACGUAUACGUUAGGGCCGAAGAUAACGAAUUGGAAUGAAGAAAGGAAGAUCUGGUUAGAUUCACAUCCUGAGUUUCCUAAUUUUGUUAAUGGGAAGCCACGGAUUUUGCUGGUUACUGGUUCGCCGCCGAAACCGUGUGAUAAUUCGAUUGGUGAUCAUUACUUGUUGAAAUCGAUUAAGAAUAAGAUCGAUUACUGUCGUCUACAUGGGAUUGAGAUUGUUUAUAACAUGGCUCAUCUUGAUAAAGAGUUGGCUGGUUAUUGGGCGAAAUUACCAUUGAUAAGGAAGCUAAUGUUGUCGCAUCCUGAGGUGGAAUGGAUCUGGUGGAUGGAUAGUGAUGCAUUGUUCACUGAUAUGGUAUUUGAGCUUCCUCUCUCUAAAUAUGCUGAUUAUAACAUGGUUAUUCAUGGCUACCCUGAUUUAAUGUUUAAUCAACAUUCAUGGAUUGCUUUGAAUACUGGUAGUUUUCUGUUUAGAAAUUGUCAAUGGUCAUUAGAUUUACUUGAUGCAUGGGCACCAAUGGGUCCUAAAGGUAAAAUUCGUGACGAAGCUGGUAAGAUCUUGACUGCAAAUUUGAAAGGGAGACCUGCAUUUGAGGCUGAUGAUCAGUCGGCAUUGAUUUAUUUAUUGAUUUCACAGAAAGAUGUGUGGAUGAAUAAGGUGUUUCUUGAGAAUGCUUAUUAUCUACAUGGGUAUUGGGCGGGGUUAGUCGAUCGGUACGAAGAGAUGAUGGAUAAGUAUCAUCCUGGUUUAGGUGAUGAGAGAUGGCCAUUUGUUACUCAUUUUGUUGGUUGUAAACCUUGUGGAAGUUACGGGGAUUACCCGGUUGAGAGGUGUUUGAGUAGUAUGGAAAGAGCUUAUAAUUUUGCUGAUAAUCAAGUCUUGAAACUGUAUGGGUUUAGACACAGAGGAUUGUUGAGUCCUAAGGUCAAGCGUAUCAGGAAUGAAACAAGCAGUCCAUUGGAAUUUGUAGAUCAGUUUGAUAUUCGUCGUCCUUUGUUAGGAGAAAGUGGAUCAGAGUCAAAGAACCCAUAGAAUGAGUAUACUUUACUUCUGUGUUGUUCCAUAAUGUGAAAGGUAAUGUAAUAUUCUCAGCCAGUUCGGAAUUUUCAAUCAGAUGACAAUUUAGAGAUGGCAGGUUCCAUUUGUUUUCAAAUUCUUUUGCCCGUGUUACUACUUUUGAGAAAAUAGAAGUGGAAUUCUUUAAUUUUUGUUUCAUUUA